GCCUUCGUGGUCUGUACUCAUCCUGACAUGAAUUUCAGUUCACUUUGGAAUCACUGAAGGAGACUGGUUAAGCAGUCGUGCCCAUUCACAGAUUUUCAAGUUGUAAUUGAAUUUGAGGAGAGGUGCGGUGCAUGGGAGCGGAAGGGAGGAGGGGCGCUGCACAGAGCAGCUGACAGGUACACGAGCUGUGCGCUGUCCGCGGUGCUGAAAGCUCCUCCGGAUGCUGCCACACCGGAGAUCCUCAUCUCAGGUUAAACCGGAGCUCCUCUAACCUCCACCAGCUGAAGCUUAUCACAUAGCCCCCACUUUGAUUUCUGAAAAGAAAAGAGAACAUACUCCAUCCAAUCUUCUCAUUAUCUGUGUUGCUGUUUUCCGGAUCUUAAAAUGGCACUGCACGGAUUAACAUUGCGCAAGGCAGAAGAGGACUUAUUUGACUGCUGUUUUGUGACUGUGAAACCAGCUCUUUCAGACUGAGCGUGUUUCCCCUCUCUCUCCAUUUUCUGGCUCAUCCUUCACUGGACAUCAAGUUCUAUUUCUGCUUAAACGAAAGAGGCGCAAUAUUUGGAUUAAUGUUUUAACAGUAUGCUCUUUAAUGCUGCAUUUCCAUUUGUCUUAGUAUUGUAGGAUUUUUCUAAAAAAAAAAAAAAAAAAAAAAGAUCAUUUGGAUAUGGAGCCAGGCAAGGAGAAAGCUCUCCCUACCACCAAAGAGGGGCUUAAACAAAUCGCAGGAAAGGCCCUGGGUGGUCUGUACAGGAGGCUUGAAAGGCGACAGCAAACAGGUGAGGCGAUCGAGCUGACGGAGGAUGGGAGACCCAGUGCGGACCAGGAGCGGAAAGCACCCCUGUGUGACUGCACGUGCUUCGGGCUGCCGCGCAGAUACAUCAUCGCUAUGUUGAGCGGACUCGGCUUCUGCAUCUCCUUCGGUAUCCGGUGUAACUUGGGUGUGGCUAUCGUCAGCAUGGUCAAUAACAGCACAAUCCAUCAAAACGGCAAGAUCAUCAUCAAAGAGAAAGCGAAAUUCAACUGGGACCCAGAGACCGUGGGGAUGAUUCACGGGUCCUUCUUCUGGGGCUACAUAGUAACUCAGAUACCAGGAGGGUAUAUCUCUUCAAGACUGGCCGCAAACAGAGUUUUCGGGGCUGCCAUCAUACUGACAUCCACCCUGAACAUGUUCAUUCCCUCUGCUGCCCGUGUGCACUACGGAUGUGUCAUCUUUGUAAGGAUAUUACAAGGCUUGGUGGAGGGAGUGACUUACCCAGCCUGCCAUGGAAUCUGGAGUAAAUGGGCUCCACCGCUGGAAAGAAGUCGUCUGGCAACCCUUUCCUUUUGUGGAUCCUAUGCUGGUGCAGUGGUAGCCAUGCCUCUAGCAGGGGUCCUGGUGCAGUAUACAGGAUGGUCCUCAGUCUUCUAUGUGUAUGGGUCUUUUGGAAUAGUCUGGUACAUGUUCUGGAUUUUGGUGUCAUACGAGAGCCCAGCGGAGCACCCCACCAUCAGCGAAGAGGAGCGUCGUUACAUUGAGGAGAGCAUUGGCGAAAGUGCCCAGCUGAUGGGUGCAAUGGAAAAAUUCAAGACUCCCUGGAGGAAAUUUUUCUCCUCCAUGCCCGUCUAUGCAAUUAUUGUGGCCAAUUUCUGCAGAAGCUGGACCUUUUAUCUGCUUCUCAUCAGUCAGCCUGCAUACUUUGAAGAGGUUUUUGGCUUUGAGAUAAGCAAGGUUGGAGCGCUGUCAGCUCUCCCUCACUUGGUCAUGACCAUCAUCGUGCCUUUAGGAGGCCAGUUAGCAGACUACCUGCGGAGCAACAACAUCAUGUCUACCACUAUGGUCCGCAAAAUCAUGAACUGUGGAGGGUUUGGCAUGGAGGCAACUCUCUUAUUGGUGGUCGGUUACUCUCACAGUAAAGGGGUGGCCAUCUCUUUUCUAGUCCUGGCGGUAGGCUUUAGUGGUUUUGCAAUAUCAGGUUUUAACGUGAACCAUUUAGACAUCGCUCCUCGCUAUGCCAGCAUCCUCAUGGGCAUUUCCAACGGUGUUGGUACCUUAUCAGGCAUGGUCUGCCCACUCAUAGUGGGGGCAAUGACAAAGAACAAGACCCGAGAAGAAUGGCAGUAUGUCUUCCUCAUUGCCUCCCUUGUGCAUUACGGAGGAGUGGUGUUUUAUGGAAUCUUUGCAUCUGGGGAGAAGCAGCCAUGGGCAGACCCUGAAGAAACCAGCGAAGAAAAGUGUGGCUUUAUAGAUGAGGAUGAGCUGGCCGAGGAGACAGGCGACAUCACACAGAGCUAUGGAGCGAUGGGCGGUCCAGCUAAAAGCUAUGGAGCCACAGGACAGCUCAAUGGUGGGUGGGUACAGGACUGGGAUAAGACAGAGGAAUAUGUUCAGGAGCCAGCAGGAAAGAUGUAUGCUCAGCGUGGCUAUUCUUAAACCAUACAGUUGCGGUGAGUCUGCUGAAAAAACAAAAGACUCUCCUUCACAGAUUGCACAAAGAAGCAUUAUAUCAGAUAUUUAAAAUCCAUUUUGUGUGUUCAAGUAGUUUCAAAUGAAAAUGUAAAGAAAAGUUAAAUGCAAUGCAGAACAAUCCUCAUUAGAUUCUCAUGUUUUUCAUCACAUCUGCAUACCGUAGGGCUUCACUAUACUCACAGAUAGUAACUGCAAAGAAAACUGCAGACAUGCGGUCUGCUUAGGCGACCAAACCUCAUUGAACUACUUGAACAACAUGAGCCAGAUAACACUGCAUUUGACCAUCGCAUAGGGUCUUUUUCUGACAUACCACUCUGAUUGCACUGAAACUCUUAAGUGUUCUAAAAAACAAGAUUCUAUUCUGUUUCUCAAAUGUGUUUUAUGUACUGUAUAUACCUGUAUACUGUUUCUGUGAGACUAUUGUGGAUUUUGGGUCGUUGAUCUGUGUUAACAUUAAUAUAAAAGGCCAUAUUUUUCAUGGACAGUACCUCUUCAGGGAGAUGUCUGCUUGCAAAAAAGGUCUUCUUCUUCUUGAGUGAGGCCUACAAUAACAUUAUAAGACAAAAAUAGUGUGAGUGAAAUUGAACCGUAGAGUUUUAGUGUGUGUUUGUUGCAUGAAUUUGCUCAGAUUAAUGUUUCAGAUGCAGCCGCCUCACAGUCACUGAUAGUCCUCAUCCAGCCAACUGCUUUCUUCUUAGAUAAGUGUCUUCUGCCAUAAUGGAUAAUAAGAUGGGUUUUCAUUAUCAGGUUCAAGUUGUAAUGUGAGACAAAUAAAAAAGAACACACAUAUAUAUAUUUAAAAAAGAGUUUUAAGGGCAACCAUGCAGAAGACAUUGUUUAUUGAUGUUUGGUGUGCACUGCAAUAAAUUCUGUGUACCAGCUACCACCCAUCACAUUCUGUUCUGUAACGUAAAAAUAGCUUGCUGUAUCUAACUGUACUUGUUUUGGAGUCAUGUGAUGAUCAACAUUUAGGUGUGUGUUUUUAACAAUUUCCUGGUGUCUGGAGAAUCCAGCUUUAGUGCUCAUGAUGCAGGAGAUGUUGCAUUUUGACAGUGAGGAAUCCAGUGCUACAUGCGAACAACUAAGUUAUUUAUGAUCUCUUAGUGUUCCUUGGCUGUCAUCAUGGCACUUCACCGACACAUUGAUAUUAUCACCUUUGAGUGCACCACAUGAAUUAAUAGAUGGCUCUUCCACUUGACUUCAUUUGCUGUUGAAACACUUUUCUUCAUUUGCUGUAUGAAAUCUGCAAGGAUGUUUAAGAUAUAUGAAUAUUUAAGAAUGUUUAUGAUGACCAAAAGAUGCUAUAAUUGGCUUUGUGCCUGAAGGUUAUGUAAACAGAUAAAUGUGAUUUUAUGGCUUCUAAUAUUGUGUUUAAUGAAGAGGUAUGUUGAUGUCAAAAAGUGUUAUAAAAAAAGUCAUAUCAUUUUAUAAAAAAGAUAACCAAAAAGCCA